AUGGAAAACAAAGGAUCAUCGGGGAAGAACAUCGAACAAGUUCAAGAAAGUUGUUAUCACGAGUGGAUGAAUUUACAAUCUGAACGGAUCCCCGAGCUCAAACAAGCCUUAGCUCACCGACGAACUCACGAAAACGCCGACGCUGACGCCGAUGAUGACAAACUCCGUGAAUUAACACAAAAGAUCAUCGGAGAUUUCAAAAACUACGCCGGAAAAAGAGCUGAUCUAUCUCACCGAUGUAGCUCAAACUACUACGCACCGUCGUGGAACACUCCUUUAGAGAACGCUCUGAUUUGGAUGGGUGGUUGCAGACCAUCUUCUUUCUUUAGGCUUGUUUAUGCUUUGUGUGGGUCCCAAACUGAGAUUCGUGUGACUCAGUUUCUUCGUAACGUCGACGGUUACGAUUCUUCAGGUACCGGCGGGGCAUCACUUAGCGAUCUAACGGCGGAGCAACUGGCGAAGAUCAACGUGUUGCAUGUGAAAAUCAUAGAUGAAGAAGAAAAGAUGACCAAGAAAGUCUCAAGCCUGCAAGAGGAUGCUGCGGAUAUUCCCAUCGCAACGGUGGCUUAUGCAGAGGAGCACGUUGGAGAGCCCAACAGGGCGGUGGAUCAGGCUCUCGACAAGCAAGAAGAGGCUAUGGCCAAUUUGUUGGCCGAGGCCGAUAAGCUGAGGGUAGACACUUUAGCGAAGAUUGUCGAGAUUCUAACGCCGAUACAAGGGGCGGAUUUCUUGCUCGCUGGAAAAAAGCUUCAUCUGUCGAUGCAUGAGUGGGGAACAGUAAGAGAUCGUCGCCGUCGUGAGUGUAUAAUUGAGGAUGGAGUUAAUCCUGCCGGAGAGGAGGAGAAGUAA